GCUCAAUAUUUGAGAAUAUAGCUUAGCUCUCUGCACACACAUCUUCCUAAAGCUACACCAUAGCAUCACAUAAUUACAUUAAUCACCAUUAUUUCUCCACUGGACAUUGAUGCAUUUACCUCAACGGUCGCCGUAGCGGUCCAUCCGAUCGUUAUUGCUUUUAUUUCCUUCCUUUCCGCAUCCAAAGAGUAAUCUACGCUACAAGAUGGCUGAGUUGAAUUUGGGGAAGGGUCUGACUGCAGGGAAAGUGGCCAGCAACGUUCAGAAAAAACUAACGAGAGCCCAGGAGAAGGUUCUUCAGAAGCUUGGCAAAGCCGAUGAGACCAAAGAUGUUGCUUUUGAGGAGGGAGUGAUCAACUUCAACAAACAAUAUGCUGAAGGCAGCAAACUCCAAAGGGACCUUAGGGCGUACCUGGAGGCAGUGAAAGCCAUGCACGAGUCCUCCAAGAAUGUGCAGGCAUGUUUGGCUGACAUGUAUGAGCCGGACUGGUACGGGAAAAAUGAAGUGGAUUCCAUUGUGGAGGACUGUGAUGUGCUGUGGACUGACUACCACCAAAAGUUGGUCGAUCACGCUCUCAUCUCGAUGGAUACCUACCUGGGUCAGUUCCCUGAUAUCAAGGCACGCAUUGCUAAAAGGGACAGGAAGCUGGUCGAUUACGAUAGUGCAAGGCACAACUAUGCCACCACACACAAGACCAAGAAAAAGGACGGGAGCAUUAAAAUUACCAAGCCCUCCUCUUUGUUGGAGAGGGCCACUCCAGGUUGGGCUCAAGGUAUCCUGUCUGCACACAAUGUUGCCCAAAGCAGUCUGUCCAGGAGCCAGGCUGAAGAAGAGUUGGAGAGAGCCCAGAAGGUGUUUGAGGAGAUUAAUAUUGACUUGCAAGAGGAGUUGCCAUCACUGUGGAACAGUCGUGUUGGGUUUUAUGUCAGCACCUUCCAGAGUUUGGCCGGUUUUGAGGAGAAGUUUCACAAGGAAAUUAGCCGGUUGGAUCAGGAUUUGUAUGACAUCUUGGAGAAAUUAGAGAGAGAAGGCACAAGCAGUGUAAAAGAAGCAUCUAACCACACUCUUAGGCCAGGAGGACCACCGCCAAUACCCAAAUCGCCAUCCAAGCUAAGGCCGGCAGUGCCUCCUCCACCCAAAGUGACCCCAUCUAAGGAGUUGAAAACAGAGAACAUCAUCAACCUGUUUGAUGCUGCGGCUGCUCCUGAUAUCAGCAUCACGUCCCCUACAGAGUUUGACAGUCACGCAGUGAGCAGCCUGUUGGACAUGGACCUGGACCCAUUCAGUGCAGCAACCAAAGCCUCCGCGGUCACACAGCCUGAAAAUUGGGACUCAUGGCAUGAGGACAGUGGUGCCCAGGAAGAGGACACCCUGCGGCACUAUGACCCUGUGGCUGCUGCUACAGAUGCCUGGGGGGAUGAUGGUUCGCAGCCUGUCCGCUAUGACCCUAUAGCAGCUGCCACAGAGGGCUGGGGGGAUGACGGAACCAAACCAGUUUGCAUUGACCCUGUGGCUCAGGAAGAAGGGGGGGAUGAUGAGAGCCAGCAAGUUCAUUAUGACUCUGUGGCUCAAGCCCAGGAGGACUGGGGCGAUGACGGGGACCAGCCAGUCACAGAGGUGUCGCCCAUGGAGAAUGAAACACCUGCAGCUGAGGCUCCAGCUGACGCCGUUGAGGAAGAAGCCGCACCAGCUGCCGCUACAUUGGAUUAUGAAGAGGGUCAGGGUGAGUCUGCAGCAGCUGGUGCAGCAACAGCAACAGAAGAACCAGCAACAGAGGAGACACCUGCAGUAGUGGCAGAAUCAACAGAAGUAGCAUCCCCGCCCGCAGAAAUGCCACCUGGCUUCUUGUUCAAGGUCCAGGUGAUGCAUGAUUAUGCUGCCAAUGACACAGACGAACUGGAGAUGAAGGCUGGUGAUGUGGUGCUAGUAGUCCUCUUUGACAACCCUGACGAACAGGAUGAGGGCUGGCUGAUGGGAAUGAAGCAGGACGACUGGUUGCAGAACAAAGAAAAUGCCGCUAAAGGAGUAUUCCCUGAAAAUUUCACCCAGAGGCUGUGAAAGUGGAGGACAGGAUGUCAUUCCAGCUUCCUUCUUUUUGUCUCUCUUCCUUUUGCCUCAAUCCUUCCUUCCCUCUCUUGCCCCGGGAUCUUUACUAGGACUUUGGCCAUAGAAAGAGCUGUCACAGCCCUGGUGGAAAUCAUGCACUUCUAAGGUCUGCUACGCUGUGCUAAAAGUGGAUCUUGGCAUUUCUGUGGAUUUCUGCCAACAUUUAAAAAUUACAGAUGUAGCCAUUUCACAGGUCCCACUCUUUACUGAUCAUAUCGGACAGAUGCAGGGAUGGGUUUCUCUGAAAUGGCUACCACUGCAAUUUAAAUUAAUUCAAAUGUUUUAUUCUUAGUCAUGUCUCAUAAACUCUUCAAGACAUAUUCCUCCACCAUAACAGAGAAAAUGUCUAUUGUGACAUGCUUUUGUUCAUCUGACACUGAGGGACUGAGAACAGUGUAAACAUUUUUAAAACAAUGCCAAGUGUAGCAGAGGAUCCAUUACAUAUACAUAAACCCUCAAAUCUGUUUAUAAAGGAUGAGGGGGCGUGAUUACUAACACUAACUAAGUAACAAGCUAAAAAAAAGUAGAACCCGCUCCUAGCUGGCAUCUUCACCCCAGUUAAACAGUGAAAAGACCACACAAGGUGCAGAAGUCUAACCAGUUAAACAGCACAUAAACAGUGAGGAAAUUUAAAUAAACAAAACAAAAUUACCAAUCUUCUCAACAACUGGGCUUGAAUUUAGUCCCUCGUAAAUGUUGCUGAGGCAGAUCUCUGGCCUCUCAAGCUCAGAGAUGUGAAAAAUCCCAGAAGUGGGUUGUUGAAAUAAAUUUCUAUAUUUGGCAAAAGUCCAUUUUAGCCACAUGUGUAGCCAUCAAGUGCCGUUUUCUUCUUUGGCAUGCAGAUUGUUUCCUCACCUGUGCCCGUUUGGUUAGUUUUGGUGGCUGGCUGCAAUUCUGACCACGUGUGUCAGUAAAGGUUAAGCAUUUCGGUUUUGCAGUCUAAUUAGUCCUGGGGUUCUGCUGCUGACGCAAUGCCUUUUGGACACAUCCAGCCCAUCUUUUAGUCGUACUUGAAUUAUUUACUUGUGAAACAUGGGCCCUUGGUUGUUGUAUUAGUUUAGGUUCAAUGGUGGUAUAAGUAGUAUGAUUCUGUUGUUGAAAUCCAAAUACAUGCAUGUGCAGUUAACUUUACCUGCAUAUGCGGUUCAAUAUAAACUUGUUUUGAAAAUCCAAACAGAAAUACUGAUCUCAGACUCCUAUAGAGUAGAAAAACACGACUGUUUUAAUUUUUGACCUUCGUGUUUUUUAUUCCUUGUUGUUUAAAGUUGUGUGAAGUUGUGUGGAGUGGGCAUGUAAAAAAAAUCUUCUCAAGGAUUUUUUUUUUCCACAAGGGAUUCCAAAUAUGCAUUAUUAAGGCUUGCUAAAAAGCUAGCCACCAAACUACAACAAUGAGACGCUGCUACUGGUAGUAUAAUAGACAGAUAUGGUUACACCGUAAUGUUAAUCAAACAUAUAAUCACUGAGCCAGCCUCAUUUGUUUAAAAAAAAAAUGUGCCGAAAACAAUUCCUUCCGUUUGCAUAGAGAUGACUUAACUCAAAUGCAGAUGAUUCCGAAUAUGCACCAGAGCAACUUCUUUUAUUUUUGUAUGCUGCCAAGCAACGAUUACAUAUAGCCUAAUGUAACUAUGUCAACAUAAUUGCCAACGUAGGAUGUUACAGAGUGUUUUGUACUUCUGUCAGGUUUACUGCUCUCAACAUAGCCGCUUACUGUAGGUAGUGAAAACUAUCUCUCAUUCAGUCAUUCAUUCAGUCACUGACUCAAAAGAGAUUCACAUUUCUCAUGAUGUUAUUAACAUGUAAUAAGCGUGAGUGAAAAUGGUCAUGGUGUGCGAUUGUAUGUGUGUGUGUGGUUACGGGUUGUUUGGAAACAUAAAUUCUUUAUCUAUAGGCUAUUGUUAUUGGACGAUAUCACCACCACCUACCAGGGGAUGACGUCGUCUGUUUUACAGGAGGUUUUUCUGACUGGACAAAGGCAACUCAAAUGUAUUUGGGUCUUUUUCCACUGGCUGGUAUUAUGGUUCCAGGUGUUAUUGUGCAUUUGUUGUGUAUAAGUGUAAUUUUGACAAGCUGUGAUGACAGAAACAUAUUCUAUAAAGACAUUCAUAUCUGUAUGUGAGUUACUGUGUGCAUGCUGACUUCCCAUGUGUUGUUGUGUGAACACCCCUAAUUUAAGACAAUGAUACUUGAGGGACCUUUUGAGGCAGUUGAAGUUGAAACAGUCAGUUUCUUUUAUUUUUUAUUAUUUAUUUAUCUUAGUAAGGGGGUGGUGAGCAGCUACUUACUGUGUGUGUUUUCCACCGUUCUCCCUCUCAAAUCAGUCCUAAUUAUAAUUGCUGGUUGUUCGUCAGCCUUGCCUCAAAGUGUUGCCAGGGUAUCGUGGUCCAAACACAGUUAAACAUGAUUACACAGAGACAGGACAAAUAGAGAAAGAUUUCAAAACACCAGACUCAGUUGGACACUUUUUUUGUAAUGGUUUUCAGUAUUUUAACCACUUGAUUGAGAUGUGCAUGAUUUUUUCAUGUGUAUUGAAAAAGCCUCACGUGAGAACAUCACCUGUACAUUUAGGUGAAGAAAUCACUUUCAUAUUUUUAUUUUCAGAUACAUGUAACUUGGUGAGAGUUUCACCUGGGUCUGGUUCUCUAUCUGUCUAUAUGGAUCAGUCUCCUGCGAUGAGCUAUGAGAUAUGACAAAAAGGU